AUGAUCACUCAGAUUGGCAAAUCAUCUUCAUUUUUCAUGCCGUUUAGAGUUGGCGCUUUCGGGCGCACUAUGGGUGUCUUCUACGGCAUGGUCACGAUCGUCUUACUCUUUGUAACGCACUUAGCAACGGCCCAGCUACCGACCAAUGCCAUUGAGCUCGACCUCGUGUUCCCCCGCGCAGGUGGGAAAUACUCCAAAACAAACGACGGCUUCCCGGUCCUUCUUUCACUGCAAAACCCCAAUGUCGCCUAUCACUUCGGCUGGGUUUUCUCCUGGGAUAUCUACAAGAAGCCUCAUGGACAGAUACAGAGACUACCUUUCAACACCAUUGGGUCCAUCCUGAAGAACGACACAACCUAUCUCGACAACCCGCACAUAGAGGCCCGCUAUGCCGAUGUGCUUGACGUGGGCGAGUACACGUUUUCCUGGACUAUUCACACCGGACCUUGGUGUAAUCUUUCUAAAUCCUGGGUCGAGUAUUCAGCCAACGAAAAGAUCGGCAACGACACUUUCGACUUCACCAUUGAGCAGGGAGCCCCAACGCCAACCUUCACUGGGACAUGCCCAACUGCUUUGGGCAUGAUCAACUACGCGUCAUUGACGACAUAUCACGGGCUUUACGAUGGGAAAUACGACGAUCCAGUCACCAGCCCGAUGUCAUGUGCCAUCACGACCAAUGUGACCUUCACAGCAGAGCCUUGUAGGGCAACAGUCAACGAAGCGCAGGCUACGAGUAUCUCCAGUCAACUUCAUUUGGGGACCUACGCAACUGCGUCAGCCACGGCUUCGCCGAAGGGCUCCGCCGCUGCUGCCCAGCGUACGCUGAACAAGAGCCUAAUAUGGGCUGUCACGUCGGUCGUUGUUCUGUUUGGCGCUCAUGUGGCCCAAUGAUAGAUCAUAUGCCACGUACGGAAAGAUGAGGUUCUUCGAGCAUGCCUGCGCGUGCUGAAGAUUGGCCACGGCCCCGAACUACUACUACUGUUACCCCAUCCUGGCCAGUUUCAUGUGGGAAGUCCGAUGUCAACAAACCUCUAUCCCGGCAACCAGCG